AUGACAGUUGUUUAUAGGAGAAAAUCUUCAAAAGUCAGUGACAAAAGAAGAUUGCAUUCCAAAGACAUACUCGAUGCAACAGAAUGUUUUGAUGAUAAAUACUGCAUUGGUAUUGGAGGAUACGGGUCUGUCUUUAGAGCUGAGCUCGAAGGAGGGAGUACCUAUGCUAUCAAACUGCUCCACUCAGUUGAAGAUUUUACUGAUGAGAAAGCAUUUCAUGCUGAGAUCCAAGUGUUGACAAAAGUAAGGCACCGAUGCAUAGUCAAGUUGCAUGGAUACUGUUCUCAUUCCAAGUGCAAAUUUCUUGUGUACGAUUUCAUCCAACGGGGAAGUUUAGCAUCCAAUUUGCAGGAUGAACAUCUUGCCAAGGAGCUCAAUUGGUCGAGAAGAGUUGCCAUUGUUAAAGACGUAGCUCAAGCUCUCUCCUACUUGCACCAUGACUAUGAUACACCCAUUAUACAUCGUGAUAUCAAAAGUAGCAAUAUCUUGUUAGAUUGUGAUUUUAAGGCUUGUGUCUCAGACUUCGAACUGUCAUCCACAAUGGCGUUUACAGACAAGUGUGAUGUCUAUAGCUUUAGUGUGCUCACCAUGGAAGUAGUCAUGGGUAAGCACCCAGGAGAUCUGCUACUUCCAUUCUUCUGCCGAACAGAGCAGUGCACUAAGCUCAAGGAUAUAUUGGACCAUCGCAUCAUAGUACCAACGAGUGACGAGGAGAAAGACAUCAUCCUGCUCAUGCUUAUGCUUGUGGCCUUUGCUUGUCUGCAAAUCUGCCCAAAAGCCAAGCAAAAAAUGCAGCAGGCAUAUCAAGCACUAACAAACAGAAGCUGUCCAACAGUCAUCCUGAGGCCAAUUCAUGAAGUCAAAUUACAAGAUUUGCAUGAUUUCUGCAGCACCAUACAAACUAUAUGA